AGAUAUGCAAUUAGUGACCAUUACCCUAUCUGUUUAACAAGGAAAGAAGCAAAUAUAGGAAAAAAGAAUACACACAGUACAAUUACUUAUAGAAAUUUCAAAAAUUUCAACCAAGAUGAAUUUUUAUUAGAUCUGCAAACUACACCUUUUCAUAAAAUUGAAUUUGAAGAAAACCCCUCUGACUGUCUACAAUUGUUUUAUGAUAUGUUGAACAAAGCUUUAGAUAAACAUGCUCCUGUUGUUAAAAAGAGAGUAAAAAGGGACAGACAGCCUGAAUGGUAUAACAGUGAAAUCAUUUACGCUAGGAAUAUGAGAGAUAAAUAUAAUGCACUUGGUUUAUGGAGUGAGUAUAGAUUUUGGAGAAAUAAAACUAAACAUAUCAUAGAUAGCUCAAAAAAGAAUUAUUAUAAAAAUAUGGUAAAAGACUCCAAUGACCCUAAAACUUUAUGGAAAUGUCUUCACAGUCUGAACCCAAAAGUUAAAAAUACACCAUAUGAAUUAGCCACUGAAGAUAACAAUACAACUAAAAGUAAAAAAUCAAUAGCAGAAACUUUUAAUAACUUUUUCACUUCCUGUGCUGAAAAAUUAAGAGAACAAGGAAGUUAUACACCUGUAAACAAAGCAGAUUUCAGUAAUCUUGAAAAAAAGACUGGUGUAUGCAAAAUUGAGUUGGACCAAAGAUCCCCAGCAGAUCGUCAUGCUGUUUUGAUGUGGGAACAGAGAAACGGUUGCUUCCUGCCAGAAGAUUUCAAGAACUUUUAUUUGACAACUGAUGGCUUCAAAUUGACAUGGAAUGUGAAAAUGGACAAUGGUCCUACUCCAGUUGGGAAGCUGUAUAUCAACAGAGUAAGUCAGUUGACCCGUAUUGCUGGUAAUGUGGCAUCAAGUCAUGUUAAUCCUACAUUGCUGGACCUAGAGGCAGACUCUGAUAGUGAAGAUGAAGCUACAGGUUUAGAGAAACCAUCAUUUGACAGCAGAUGUAAAAUAUAUGAAAUGGAUCCUUGUGAUGGGUAUGGGAGAGUUUGUUUAGUUUUCAGAGAAAACAAAACAGGAUACAUAGAUUCUCAGGAAUUGUUUGAUGGAAAACACACAUCUGAGUUGAUCAGAUUUGGAGGAAAUGAUCCUAAGACUGAAGUCUGGUUUUUAGACAGAUCAUUGAGGUGGCACUUCCUUGCAGAAUCAUUCAUGGCAUACUUCAGGUUGAUGUUGAUGCAUUUAGGACUUCCUCAGUGGCAGUAUGGAAUUACUGACAUUGGACUUAGUCAACAAGCUCAGCAAUGGUUUAAUAUUUAUGCACCUACAAGACUGGAACUUGACAGAGAAUUGUUGAUGGGUAAUGGAUCUGAGGGACAGAAUAAAAUGCCUACCCUUAAUCUAGAUGUUAAUAAAGUCUUCAACAAAGGAAAAACGGAUAAAAAAAAGCUUCCUGCACAAACUUCUCAGAACCAGGCAAGCUUCAAUAAAAAGAAACCAAUAGUUUCUUCUGCAAAAACACCAGCUACAACAACAAGUACCAGAAAUAUAACUGCAUCUUCAUCACAGAUCUCUACAAAAGGCACAAAAUAAAAACUGAUGUGGCCAAAAAUUUGUUUUAAUGUUUGUUUUAUUUUAACACAUUUGUGUUACUAACAUUCACAUUCUCUGUCCAUUAAUGAUUUAUUGUCCACUGUGAGGGUUAUCUAAAUUGACCAUUUUCAAGACUCAUAGAUCACUCAUUUAAGUGUCUUGGUUAUUUUAACUAAUAGGUCAACUACAGUUGGUGUAUAGAAUGAUUGUAAUUGGAACAUGUCUGUCUGAUAGGUUUCAUCGGAUCUUGACCUUAUUUUCAUCAUAUUUGUGAAGUUAUUGUAGUAGGACCAGUCACCUUGAUUUGAAAAAAAACCUUUCAACAUAAAACUAAGCCCUAAUUAGUAGAGCAGGCUAUAUAUUAAUUUUUGUGUGCACUCUUGUCAGAUGUUUUAUGGAUAUGUAAUCUUUUGGUUUUUUUUGCAAGAAUGUACAAGUUGAUGGAAGAAAUAUAUAACUUAAAAUUAUGUAUUUAUGUUAUCCUUUGCUAUAGAUGUUAAUAUGGAUAAUUGUGCACAUCAUAUAGCUGAAGUACUGAUUAUUUGAUAUAUGAAACAAAAAUUAACCAUUGUGUAUAGCUAUCUUGUCUACCAAAAUUAUUGUUUUUUUGUAAACUAUUGAAAAAGCACAUACUGUUACUGAGAAGUAUAUAAAUAGAUGAUAGUUGUAUCUCAAUUAACUUCAAUAAAUAUACUUGAAUAA